AUGAAUAAGAUAGCCAUGCCACAGCGAACAUUCUCACCUCGCACCUUCAUGGGCGAUAGAGGCAUCAUGCUCGACAGCUUUGGACGCGUGUUGCACAAUGAAUCGUUCCCAUCGAUAUACGACAACGAUAAGAAGAUCGUGGCACCCAAGCCUUGGAAGACAACAAACAAUACGCACUUCUCAAACAGCCAGUUCGAGGAGGCCGGACAGGAGAUCCAGACCAUCAUCCUACAUUCAUUUCUAGGAGAGGACUUUAGCGACGCCUUCAUCACCAACAAUCACUCAACAGAUUACUUCAAUGUUGGUGCUUAUACAAAGUCUACUGCCAGCAGAUACUCUGAUAACAAUAAUAACAACAAUAAUAACAACAACAAUAAUAGCAGUAGCAGCAGCAACAUUAGCAAUAGCAACGCUGCAAGCGAAGCAAGGUUAAACCUGAAUGACGACUUUAGCCUUAUAGAGAACUAUGCUGGCAGUGGCGGCGACUCUCAGAUAUCAUCGAUCAUCGACUUCAGCAUCCCAAUCUACACGCAUUCACCAGGCUGCAACGAUCCGAUUACGCCACCAACGCGCACCCACAACCCAAUCACCUUGAACCAGGCCUUUUCCUCAUCGUCCGACCUGGACGGGAUGCAACAGGGCGCUGAGAUAGGUCUGCUCUCAAUCUCCCCGCCUCUCAUCCUCAACCAUUGA